UCCCCCUUUAGGUUCCGGCCCUUUGUGCCGCACAUCCCCUUUGAUUUCUAUGUCUGCGAAAUGGCUUUCCCCCGCGUAAAGCCUGCCGCCGAUGAGACUGCGUUCAGUGAAGCCUUGCUGAAGAGAAACCAGGAUCUUGCCCCGACUGCUGCCGAACAGGCUUCCAUUCUUUCGCUGGUGACCAAAAUAAACAACGUGAUCGACAAUUUAAUUGUAGCACCAGGAACGUUUGAAGUGCAAAUCGAGGAGGUUCGCCAGGUGGGCUCCUACAAGAAGGGCACCAUGACGACGGGGCACAACGUGGCCGAUCUGGUGGUGAUUCUGAAAAUCUUACCCACCCUGGAAGCUGUGGCAGCCUUGGGAAACAAAGUCGUGGAAAGCCUGAGGGCGCAGGACCCCAGCGAAGUCCUGACCAUGCUGACCAACGAGACCGGCUUUGAGAUCAGCUCGGCCGAUGCGACGGUGAAGAUCCUCAUCACCACGGUGCCGCCCAAUCUCCGCAAGCUGGACCCCGAACUACACCUGGACAUCAAAGUGCUGCAGAGCGCCCUGGCUGCCAUCAGGCAUGCUCGCUGGUUCGAGGAGAACGCUUCGCAGUCCACGGUGAAGGUCUUAAUCCGCCUGCUGAAAGACCUGAGAAUUCGAUUCCCUGGCUUCGAGCCCCUCACGCCCUGGAUUCUGGACCUGCUGGGGCACUACGCCGUGAUGAACAACCCCACCAGGCAGCCCCUGGCUCUCAACAUCGCCUACAGGCGCUGCCUGCAGAUCCUGGCCGCGGGGCUCUUCCUCCCCGGCUCCGUUGGCAUCACGGAUCCCUGCGAGAGUGGCAACUUCAGAGUCCACACGGUUAUGACCCUCGAGCAGCAGGACAUGGUGUGCUACACCGCGCAGACGCUCGUCCGAAUUCUCUCUCACGGAGGCUACAGGAAAAUCCUCGGCCAAGAGGGCGACGCCAGCUACCUGGCUUCAGAAAUGUCCACGUGGGACGGAGUGAUAGUGACGCCUUCCGAGAAGGCUUACGAGAAGCCUCCAGAGAAGAAAGAAGGAGAAGAGGAAGAGGAGAAUCAGGAAGAACCUGCUGCAGGCGAGGAGGAGGAAAGCAUGGAGACGCAGGAGUGA